AUGGCAUUUUCUACGACUUGGACAGCUGUAAGCACCCCGGCUACCCCGAAUCAGAGGGGGCUCCUGACUCCCUGUGGGGCUGGACGGAGGUCCCGGCGGCGCCCCCCGCCUCCUACGAAGCCUUCGACCCCGCCACGGCCGUCUUCAGCCACCCCCAGGACGCCCCGCUCUGCUACGGGCCCUCCCCCGCCUACAGCCCCGCGGGCGGCCUCGCCCCGGCCGCCAGCCUGGAGGCCCCGGGGCCCGGCUUCCCGGCCUACCCCACGGAGGACUUCGCCUGCCAGCCCCGUGCUGUCGGAAGAGGAGGACCUGUUGCUGGACAACCCCGCCCUGGAGGUCUCGGACAGCGAGUCGGACGAGGCCCUCGUGGCUGGCCCCGAGGGGAGGGCAUCCGAGGCAGGGGCCCGCAAGAAGCUGCGCCUGUACCAGUUCCUGCUGGGGCUGCUGACGCGCGGCGACAUGCGCGAGUGCGUGUGGUGGGUGGAGCCGGGCGCUGGCGUCUUCCAGUUCUCGUCCAAGCACAAGGAGCUGCUGGCGCGCCGCUGGGGCCAGCAGAAGGGCAACCGCAAGCGCAUGACCUACCAGAAGCUGGCCCGCGCGCUGCGCAACUACGCCAAGACCGGCGAGAUCCGCAAGGUCAAGCGCAAGCUCACCUACCAGUUUGACAUGGCGCUGCUGCCGGCCGCCCGCCGGGCCUGAGCCCGGGCUCCAGGCCGCUGUCUCACCUCGGUGUCCCCUCGCCCUAGGUCCUAGGACCCGUGGAUCCCCCACGCUGUGGGGGUGGGGGGCUGCCCUCACCCCUCAGCCCUGCCCGGGGCCCCAGGAUCUUUGCGGCCUGGGCCACACGCAGGACUGGAGAGUCUGUGUGGAGUGGGGCGGGCUUCCCGGGGAUCCCCCAGCCAGGCUGGGGGGCCUCUGUGUGUCUGUGAUCCCACAAUCCCAUCUGGGGGCGGGUGAGCCCACAGAUCUUUCCACCAGGAGGGGGCGCUGCCAGCAGGCCAAGGCCCCUGCUCCUGUGAGUCCCUCCUGUCAGAUCUGAGGUCUAGUGAGGACGGAGGCCCCUGGGAAGCUCGGAUCUCUGUGCCCAGCUGCCACUCGCGUCCUGUCUGUCCCCCCAAACCCCUCGGUCAUCUCUGGGGUCCCCGAGUUCUCUGAAUCCGCCCUGACACCGCUUUUUUGUGUCUGGAAUUCUCCAGCCAGAGCCAGGGAGGCUCACUCUCCCCGCAAACUCUUGUCAGAUUUUUUUUGUUUUUUUCGGGGUGGGGGGCACCUCAUUGAACCUCGCCAUGUCCGGGCCGCCUCUGGUGUCCCCUUGUCUGCCUGGGAUUCUCCAGCCACAUCUGUGCCCCGCCCUGAGGUCCCCCCAUGGGGACCCCACUAGCAGCUGCGUUGUCAUGGGAACCCACCCUCUCUUGGGGUGCCCUCUGCGGUCCCAAUCUGCGGGUCAUUCUGGCCGCUGAGCUGAUUUCUGGGUGAUCUUGGCAGUCCCCCCCCCCCCCGCCCCCAUCAUUUCUAACCAGAGGUCGCAGACUGAUGACCCCUUCCCCACUCCUUACCCCUCCCCCACCCAUGGGGCCAGUCAGGUCCCCCUCCCCGGGCCCUCUCCCGCUGUGGGGUUUUCUUUAGUUUACGGUCACAGUUUUGUUCCUUUGUUUUUGCUUUUGUGUUUGGAGGGGGCAUCCAAUGUAACUGACAUUCCAAAGGAGGGAGAUUUCGCAAAAUCCCCCAGUUAGAACUUUGCACAAUCCAGGGAUCGGCUUUGCGGGGUGGAGGCUGGAAGAAGGGGGUACCCCCCCCCACGGGCCCCUGUUCUCCACCUGUCCCGGACCCCACCCCCUUGGCUGUCACGCCCUGGUGGCUUCUCUCGGUGGCCUUGACCCCCAGCCAUCUGCAGUUUGACCCCUGGCGUGACCCCAGCUGGGGGGAGCCUGGAUCGGCGUGGGCGCUCUGCCUGGAAGCCGAGGCCAGGGGCUGUGGCUGAGCCCGGGGCCCCGUGGCUGGGGGACCUCGAGUCAGAGACGUGCUGCUUGUGGGCCUCCGUUGUCCCUGCUGUGAAAGGGGAGAGGAAGAGGAGGAAGAUGGUGAAAGCCACCUUGCAGCCCCGCGGACAGGCCUUCGAUGCACCUCCUGAAUCCACCGCCCCCCCCCCCCCCCACCGGCCGGAGGAGGCCGAGGAGGGCGCAGCGGGACCCGGAGAGAAGAGGGCCCUGCAGGGGCGCCCGGUGCCCACAGCAGCAAGAGCAGAACGGCCCCCUGCCUUGGGGAGGGGCCAGCCUGGGGGGGGGCCAAGAUGUCCUCCUCCUGGGGCCUCCGUUGCAAAUGAGGUACCUUCUGCAGAAACCACCAUCACCCCAAGUGUGGAAUAAACUAAAAUAA